CGGGGAACCAAAAAUCGAAAGAAAGAUGUCUGACCGAGUCGAGCAGUUGAUUUUGGACCUUUUCGCGAUCGAGGCGGUGAAGUUUGGCGACUUCACGCUGAAGAGCGGGAUCCAGUCCCCGAUCUACUUCGAUCUGCGCGUGAUCGUGAGCUAUCCGGUCAUCAUGAAUGAAGUGGCAGAACUUCUAUGGGAGACCACAAAAAAGUCUGGAGCCAAGUUUGCAACAGUGUGUGGAGUGCCGUAUACAGCCCUGCCAUUGGCCACACUGAUGUCUGCCCACCAUGAUGUCCCGAUGUUGAUCCGUCGGAAGGAAGCGAAAGACUACGGCACCAAGAAGAUGAUCGAGGGGAAGUUUGAGAUCGGGAGCCGGUGUCUGAUCGUGGAGGACGUCGUCACCAGUGGGUCCAGCGUCAAGGAGACGGCACAGGUGUUGGAGUCGGUGGGUCUGGUGGUGACAGAUGCCGUCGUGCUGCUGGACAGAGAGCAGGGCGGGAAACAGAAGCUGAAGGAGGCUGGGAUAGAACUCAAGGGCAUCUGUGGAACAGCCCAGCUGCUGGAGAUCCUGCGGAGACAUGAGAAGAUUCCGGAGUCGGUAGCGGAGCAGGUGCGAGACUUUGUCAGGAACAACAGCUUCCUGCCGGGGCUGGAGCCGCCCGUUAAAAAGUCUAGAAAGGUCCUGAGUUACAGAGAACGAGGCGAUCUCUGUCAGCAUCCCGUUGCUAGGCAACUGUUCAGCAUCAUGGAGAAGAAGAAGUCCAACCUGGCCGUGUCAGCUGACCUCUGCACGGCCGAGCAAGUUCUGCAGCUUGCUGACCAGGUUGGACCACACAUCUGCAUGCUGAAGACCCACGCAGACAUCAUGACUGACUUCAGCACUGAGUUUGUGCAGAGUCUUACAGAGCUGGCCGACAGGCACCAGUUUAUCAUCUUUGAGGACAGGAAGUUUGCAGACAUCGGGAGCACGGUGCAGCACCAGUACCGGGACGGGCUGUACCACAUCGCCGACUGGGCGCACCUCACCAACGCUCACGCUCUGCCGGGCAGCGGCGUGCUGGAGGGACUCAAACAGGUUGGCCUGGAUAAGAAGAGAGCCUGUCUGCUGAUUGCUGAGAUGAGCUCAAAAGGAAACCUGGCAACAGGAGACUAUACUAAAGCAACUGUGAAGAUGGCCGAGGAACAUAAAGACUUCGUGGUGGGAUUCAUCAGCCAAUCACAGCUCACGGAGGACCCCACCUUCAUUCACAUGACACCAGGUGUCCAGUUGUCGGGGUCAGGUGAUGGCCUGGGUCAGCAGUACGUGUCGCCGUGGGAUGCCGUGGUCACCAGGAGAGCAGACGUCAUCAUCGUGGGGAGGGGGGUGUACAAGGAUCCAGACCCAGCCAGUGCAGCCCAGCGGUACCAAACAGCAGCCUUCGAGGCAUAUCAACAUCGACUGGCAAACUGACGACACAGUCACUUCCGUCAUGCAAUCAUCGUACGAUGGCCAUUCUUAGGAUAUCAUCCUUUUGUACUGCACAAUUCAACUGUCUUGUAGUGAAGAAAGGCUAGUCUCCACCAGACAUCUUUGCAGGCUGAAUAACUAGUAGAAAUC